GUGACAGCCGAGCACUGGAGCUAGGCCGCCGAAAGGAGAGCCGCGCUGUCGAUGAGACUCGGCGGUCCACCUAGAGCGGAAGUGGAGGAGCGGCCGGAAGUAGCCGGAAUCUCAGAAAGACUGACCGACUGACUCUGACAGGAGCUGGGUCUGAGGGAAGGAGGCGGCGGCCAUGGAGUUGGGCGAGCUGCUUUACAACAAGUCCGAGUACAUCGAGACGGCAUCUGGGAACAAAGUCAGUCGCCAGUCGGUGUUGUGUGGAAGCCAGAACAUCGUUCUCAAUGGCAAGACCAUUGUGAUGAAUGACUGUAUUAUCCGAGGGGAUCUGGCAAACGUAAGAGUUGGGCGCCAUUGUGUUGUGAAAAGUCGUAGUGUCAUAAGGCCACCAUUCAAGAAAUUCAGCAAAGGUGUUGCAUUCUUUCCUUUACACAUUGGGGACCAUGUCUUUAUUGAGGAAGAUUGUGUGGUCAAUGCAGCUCAGAUUGGUUCCUACGUUCAUGUUGGCAAGAACUGUGUGAUUGGACGCCGAUGUGUGUUGAAAGACUGCUGCAAAAUUCUUGACAACACAGUAUUACCUCCAGAAACUGUGGUCCCACCCUUCACUGUCUUCUCAGGCUGCCCAGGACUCUUCUCAGGGGAGCUCCCGGAGUGCACUCAGGAGCUGAUGAUUGACGUCACCAAGAGCUACUACCAGAAGUUUUUGCCCCUGACACAAGUCUAGCAUCUCUGCCUCAUAUCUUGAAUUUGCUUGAGCUCUAAAAUGAAUUUGGAGACAAAGUGAGCCAGUCAACACCUACAAAGAGCUCUUAUGUCUUCAACAUCUACCCUUCCUUCUUUUAAAACAUUUCUUGAGAAUUUCUCAAUCCUCAAGGCUCUAUGCUCUUUAGAAUUUACUAAUAGACCAUCUGGAGGAGUUAUCUUCAAAUGCUAUGCUUACACCUUAUCUAUGAACAGUCACUUUGUACCAUUAUCUGUGGAACACAGAAUCAUCUGUUCCCAACACUCCAGCCCGUUGGUCCUGUGAAUGGCUGGAUCCCGCCUGAAACGGACCUGCAGAGUAGCAGCACCCUUUCGGUUUGGAGGCUAUGUAGCUGAUGUGCUGCUCACAGGCAUAUGCUGCCCAUGCUGAGCGCCUCUCACACAGGUAAUGCCCAGCUUUUCUUCUGCUAACACAAUUGGCCAGUUGUUGCAAUUGCUCAUAAUCCUGGGAAAAGGUGUUUGUGACUUUUCAGAGCCUAGAUUCCUGUUGGCUAUUAAAACUUGAAGGGAGGGGUGACUAGUGUUUCUCUCUCUUCCCAAAAUGACCUUAGCUGUCCUAGGGUAGUUAGUAAAAGACUUUUUAGCAUUUUGACCUAGGACCUUUGGCUUUCACUAAACGUGGGGACCUCAGCAUCCCAGACUGUACUUUUGCCAAGGGUUAGAUAUAAGUCUCUCAUGUGGAUGCAUUAGUCAGGUGGUUACUUCUUGCCUCAAGGUUCUUAUUUCACUGAAGAUACUGCAUUUGCGAACUCUUGCUCCCUGGCCUAGAACCAUUCAGCCUACCCUGUAUUUGUCAAAACUCCAUAAUUUACACCAAAAUGUCUGUACUUAGAGGCCAUUCACGUAAUACAUGAAGGGCUCUUAAAAUCAGUUUGUGGGCACAGAGCCGCAGGAGUAAAUGAAGUUGCUAGGGUUGUUCUUACCAUCUCCUUCUGGCCAGUAGCACACCCUUCCUGGUACUGGUCUGACCUCGUAGCUUAGAAGGAAGAUUUAGAGGUAAGGGGCUGAGAAGGUUGGCUUUGGUUAAUACUCUGAUCUGUAAGUGAGUAGGGCAGAACAGUUCAGCCUUCUAGGUUAGAAUUUAGCAGGAGCUAUCCUGACUUAAUAGCCAGUUGUGGGGUUUGUGAAACAAAACAGCUGUAUAUAAUAAUUUCCACUAGUUCCAUCUAGAACUCCUUUCUAGUUUGUCAUUUUUUUUAUAACUUCCUUUGUCAUUUUUUUAAUAAAUACAUAACUCAGAGAAGAUGGAAGUUUAUUUCUCUCUCCCCUAACAGUGCAGAGAUAGUCAGCUGGUCCAGGCCAGGCAAGUGGCUGGUUCAUGAUAUCAUCAGGCACCCAGGUUCCUACUGUCUUGCCAUGUGUCCACAGUUAGCAACAAGGUAGGCUCUACAUUUAGUUUCUACUUGGGCAGCCAAAACUGUGGAAGGAGAUUGUGCUAGUAAGGGAGUGGGGGAAGAAUGGCCAUUGGGAGACAAUAAGCAGACACAGCCAGGCCUCUGUUGGCUUCCUUUCCUCCUGCUGCACGUGAGCCUUCUCUGUGUAUUUGGGGCCAUGACCACUGACAGGUCCAGACCUGCAUCCUUCCAUCUUGGGGGCCCUGAAUGAAAGGCUUCUUCCCUUCCAGUUCUAAUUUGUUUGUUAGUUCUCAGUGGUUUGUUAGUCCUAUGUCCUCUUGGAUCAGUCUCUGUGGCCAUGCGUGUUUGGCCACAUGAUUAAUCCAGUCUGAGUCAUGACCUUUUCUCCAUCCAAAAUAAGGUGCUGGGAAGACAAAAACAAUAGCUACUACAAACAACAGGAGUUUAUAAUUAUGUGCUGAUGUAUUCAAAGAUGUGUUGACAGUUGUGAGUCUGUAUCCUAGGAAAGGCCAGCUGGAGUCUGUCUCCAUGGUGGUUCUCACCCCAGGGACCUAGGCACAGUCUGUCACCACGCAAUUACUUUUGUAACCCUAGAGAAGAAAAUCUUGUCCUCAGAAUACUUGCAGAAGAGCAACCAGAGGGGAAGGACCUUGAUUGGGAGUCUUUCCAGUUUACUUGGGGCAGAGGGAAUUUAAUGGCUCAUGUAGCUGAAAAGGCUGGGCUAGAUUGGGCUUCAGGCUGCAUCCCAGGACUCCAAACAGGGAUCUGUCUCUUCGGCUCUCAGCUCUGCUUUCAUUUGAGUUGGCUUUAUUCUCGGGCUUCACGGUGUGGCCCCACAGCACCAGUUAUUGAUAAAAAGAGCUCCCCUUUGCUGACAGAACUGCUGGAUUUGGUUCUCAUUGGCCCAGACGAGGAAGGUAUCCAGCCUAAAGUCAUCAUUGUGGCCAGGAAGAUGGAAUAUGCUGAGUGGACAGGCCUGGCGUGUACCCACAGAGACAAAGAGUUGCUGCUGGUGGUUGUGGUGGCGAUAUUACCUGAAGAAGGGAUGAAUGGGUGCUGGGCAGGAAGAAGCAUCAGCUGUCUAGUUCAGGCCUCUCCUCUUUUCCUAGUAUCUUUACUUUCCUCCCUCUCCCUGCUGUCCCUUACCCUCUGGCUAGUCUCAUUACUCCUGGUCUUGGGAGGUACCUUCUGAGGAUACUCUGUGGGGUUACUUGAGCCUGGAUUACAGGCAGAGGGAGGAUGUUGCCUAGCCAAAGUGGGUGUUCAAUAAAGAACCAUUUGGAGAUGGUCUUCUGUCUGGAA